UGUUGUUGCUGCUGUCGGCUCUCUACUGUUGUUGUUGUUGCUGUUGCGUGUCCGAGUUGCCUUUCAAAAGUCAAAAUUUAGCAAAAUUCGAAAGAAACGAACAUGCGUGUACAUUUUUAAAGGGACACCCCCGAACCACCGUUAUUUCACACCACCCGAAACUGCCUCAACCCGCAACAGCAACUGUAGCCGCAACCGCAUCCCUUGGACACCUGAGGAAUAUGGCUGGACCGCUGCUGACCGAGGGCUUCUAACAACAUCAAUACAAUAACAAACGGGACACGAGAGGUGGACAUUGCCUUGAGGACUCAAUGCAAUCGUUGCGCAGCUGUGCGGCCCGUGGCCUGCUUCUCUCCAGCGCCGUUCGCGGCUCAAGCCCGCGCAGUCUGCGCAUCAGUUGGCCUCGGAGGAGCGGAACACCAUCAGGAACUGGAGCCGGAGUGGGAGCUGGAGCUGGCACUGGAGAGACUGCCAGGAUUGGCUUUGGAGGCGCCCUGCAAAAGCUGCGCGAGCUGCAUACAGUUGCGUUUAGCAGCCGCUUCCUGCUCUUCACCAACCUGGGCAUCUCGCUGACCCUCAGCUGCGUGGGCGAUGUGCUGGAGCAACACUUCGAGAUCUAUUGCAAAGAGAUCGAACGCUUCGAGUCCACCCGCACGGCCCACAUGGCCAUUAGUGGUGUGACGGUGGGCGUGAUCUGUCACUAUUGGUACAAGAUGCUGGACAGGCGAAUGCCCGGUCGCAGCAUGCGCGUGGUGGCCAAGAAGAUUGUGCUCGACCAGUUGAUCUGUUCGCCCAUCUACAUAUCGGCCUUCUUCGUCACUUUGGGCCUGCUGGAGCGGAAGGACAAGCAUGAGGUUUGGGAGGAGAUCAAGGAGAAGGCCUGGAAGCUCUACGCUGCCGAGUGGACCGUGUGGCCGGUGGCGCAGUUCGUCAACUUCUACUGGAUCCCCACCCACUACCGCAUCUUCUACGACAACAUCAUUAGUCUUGGCUACGAUGUCCUCACCUCGAAGGUGAAGCACAAGCAGUCGCAUCCGCACCUCAAGAAGCUACCCUAGCCCCACGCCACUCUCUGUCCCUUUUUUUUUACUAUUUAUUUCAAAGCCCAACUCCUUGUAAAUAUAGACGAGUCCAUGUUGUACAGACCAA